AUGCAAUUAAAAUCUGAACCAUUCGAUCUAUUGGAAGAUGCAUACGAAGGUGGAUCCUACAACAUUGACCAAUUGACUCAUGAAAAUACCAAAUCAUGGGCAAAUGUCAUCCCAGACAAAUGUGGUCUUUAUGAUCCAGAUUAUGAACGUGACGCAUGUGGUGUUGGUUUCGUCGCUAACAUAAAAGGUGAACCAUCUCACAAAAUUAUCUCCGAUGCUAAAUUUCUCUUAGUUAACAUGACUCACAGAGGUGCAGUCUCUACUGAUGGUAAUGGGGAUGGUGCUGGUAUCUUAGUUGGUAUUCCUCAUGAAUUUAUGAAAAGGGAAUUCAAAUUGGAUUUAAAUAUUGAUAUUCCUGAAAGAGGCAAAUAUGCCGUCGGUAACGUCUUCUUUCAAAAGAUUGAUAACGAAGAUCAAGAUUCACUUAAAAGACAAGAAAAAGUUGAUGCUCUUAAUAAGAACAAAAAAAUAUUCGAAGAUUUAGCUAACUCUUUGAAAUUAAAUGUCUUGGGCUGGAGAAAUGUUCCGGUUGACACUACUAUCUUAGGUUCUGUCGCUAAAUCUCGUGAACCAACUAUUCUUCAACCAAUGAUUGUUCCACUAAAUGAUACUGAAGAAUUUAACGAAACUGAAUUUAAUACGAACUUAUACCUUUUGAGAAAACAAGCUUCCAAUACAAUUGGUAUUGAAAAUUGGUUCUAUGCAUGUUCCUUAAAUAACAAAACCAUUGUUUACAAAGGUCAAUUAACUCCAGCUCAAGUUUACAGUUAUUAUCCAGAUUUAACAAACGCUUAUUUUCAAUCUCAUUUAGCUUUGGUCCAUUCAAGGUUCUCAACGAAUACUUUUCCAUCUUGGGAUAGAGCGCAACCAUUACGUUGGUUAGCUCAUAAUGGUGAAAUCAACACUUUAAGAGGUAACAAAAAUUGGAUGCACUCUAGAGAAGGUUCUAUGUAUUCAGAAACUUUUAAAGACCAACUAGACAAACUAUAUCCAAUUAUUGAAGAAGGUGGUUCUGAUUCUGCAGCUUUAGAUAACGUUUUGGAACUAUUAACUACCAAUGGUAAUUUAUCACUACCAGAAGCUAUCAUGAUGUUAGUCCCAGAAGCUUAUCAUGAGGACAUGGAUUCUGACUUGAAAGCUUGGUAUGAUUGGGCUGCUUGUUUAAUGGAACCAUGGGAUGGUCCAGCUUUGUUAACCUUCACCGACGGUAGAUACUGUGGUGCUGCUUUAGAUAGAAAUGGGUUAAGACCAUGUCGUUACUACAUCACUUCUGAUGAUAGAGUCAUUUGUGCUUCAGAAGUUGGUGUCAUUCCAAUUGAUAAUGCUUUGGUUAUUGAAAAGGGUAAAUUGAAACCUGGUGAUUUAUUCUUAGCCGAUACAGAAACCGGUGAAUUGGUUGAUACAAAGAAAUUGAAAUUACAAAUUGCUAAGAAGAAAGAUUUCAAAUCAUGGUUAUCCAAAGUAAUCAAAUUAGACGACCUUUUGGAAAAGACAAAGAAUUACAUUCCUACUGAAUUUGUUCCAAAAGAAGGUAUCCCAUCAUUCAAAGUUCAACAAGACCCACGUAUCUUAGCUAAUGGUUAUACUUUCGAACAAGUUUCUCUGUUAUUAACACCAAUGGCUUUAACUGGUAAAGAAGCUUUAGGUGCUAUGGGUAAUGAUUCUCCACUAGCUUGUCUAAAUAGAGACCCAGUUUUACUAUACGAUUAUUUUAGACAAUUGUUUGCUCAAGUUACGAAUCCACCAAUCGAUCCAAUUCGUGAAGCUAACGUUAUGUCCUUAGAAUGUUUUGUUGGUCCUCAAGGUAAUUUGUUGGAUAUUAAUCAAUCUCAAUGUGAACGUUUACUAUUAAGAUCUCCAAUCCUUUUCUGGGAAGAAUUCCAAGCUUUGAAGCAAAUUGAUAAAGCUUACCCAUCAUGGUCUGUCGGUGAAAUUGAUAUUACUUUCUCUAAAUCUGCUGGAUUACUAGGAUACACUGCUACCAUUGAACGUAUCACAAAGGAGGCUAGUGCUGCCAUUGAAGCCGGUAACAAGAUUAUUUUCAUUUCAGAUAGAAAAUUAGGUGAAGAUCGUGUUUCUAUUUCAUCAUUGAUUGCUGUUAGUACCAUUCAUCAUCAUUUGAUUAGGAACAGACAACGUUCUCAAACAGCUUUGAUUUUAGAAACUGCUGAAGCCAAAGAAAUUCAUCAUUUCUGUACAUUACUUGGUUAUGGUUGUGAUGGUAUCUUCCCAUACUUAGUCAUGGAAACUUUGGUUAGAAUGAAUAGAGAAGGCUUAAUCCGUAAUGUUGACGAUGAUGAUCACAAUACUGAUGAUAAGACCUUGUUAAGUAAUUAUAAACACGCUGUUGAUGCUGGUAUUAUGAAGGUUAUGUCUAAGAUGGGUAUUUCUACUUUAGCAAGUUACAAGGGUGCCCAAAUUUUUGAAGCUUUAGGUCUUGACAACUCUGUUAUUGACUUAUCUUUCCCUGGUACUGCUUCUAGAAUUAAAGGUGUUACUUUCGAAUAUCUAGCUCAAGAUGCUUUCUCCUUCCAUGAACGUGGUUAUCCAUCCAGAAAGACGGCCAACAGAUCUGUGACAUUACCUGAAGCUGGUGAAUAUCACUGGAGAGAUGGUGGUUAUAAGCAUGUUAACGAUCCAACUGCUAUUGCUUCUUUACAAGAUUCUGUCAGAAACAAAAAUGAUGCUUCAUGGGAAUUAUAUGUUAAGAAAGAAAUGGAAGCCAUUAAAGACUGUACAUUAAGAGGUUUAUUAGAAUUAGAUUAUGAUAACUCCACAGCUAUCCCGAUUGAACAAGUUGAACCGUGGACUGAAAUUGCUAGAAGAUUUGCCUCCGGUGCUAUGUCAUAUGGUUCCAUCUCCAUGGAAGCUCAUUCUACGCUUGCUAUCGCUAUGAACCGUCUAGGCGCUAAAUCUAAUUGUGGUGAAGGUGGUGAAGAUGCUGAGCGUUCUAUUGUGUCUCCAAACGGUGAUACUAUGAGAUCUGCCAUUAAACAAGUUGCUUCUGCCAGAUUCGGUGUUACAUCAUAUUAUCUAUCUGAUGCUGAUGAAAUUCAGAUUAAGAUUGCUCAAGGUGCUAAGCCUGGUGAAGGUGGUGAAUUACCAGCUCAUAAGGUUUCCAAGGAAAUCGCUAAGACGAGACAUUCUACUCCAAAUGUUGGUUUAAUUUCUCCACCUCCACAUCAUGAUAUUUAUUCUAUUGAAGAUUUGAAACAAUUGAUCUAUGAUUUGAAAUGUGCUAAUCCAAGAGCUGGUAUUUCUGUUAAAUUAGUUUCAGAAGUCGGUGUCGGUAUUGUUGCCUCCGGUGUUGCCAAAGCUAAGGCAGACCAUAUCUUAAUCUCCUCUCAUGAUGGUGGUACUGGUGCUGCUCGUUGGACCUCGGUUAAAUAUGCUGGUCUACCAUGGGAGUUAGGUUUAGCUGAAACUCAUCAAACAUUGGUACUAAAUGACUUGAGACGUAACGUUGUUGUUCAAACUGAUGGUCAAUUGAGAACUGGUUUCGAUCUUGCUGUUGCCAUCUUACUUGGUGCUGAAUCCUUUACUUUAGCUACUAUUCCAUUAAUUGUUAUGGGUUGUGUUAUGCUAAGAAGAUGUCAUUUGAACUCUUGUGCUGUUGGUAUUGCUACCCAAGAUCCAUAUUUGAGAAGUAAAUUCCAAGGUCAACCAGAACAUGUUAUUAAUUUCUUCUAUUAUUUGAUUCAAGAUUUAAGAAUGAUUAUGGCUAAAUUAGGUUUCCGUACCGUUGAUGAAAUGGUUGGUCACUCCGAAAAAUUAAAGAAGAGAGCUGACGCUAAUGCAAAGGCUUUCAAUAUUGAUUUAUCACCAAUCCUAACUCCAGCUCAUGAAAUCCGUCCUGGUGUUCCAACUAAAUUUACAAAGAAACAAGACCAUAAAUUGCAUACUCGUUUAGAUAACAAAUUAAUCGAUGAAGCUGAAGUUACUUUAGAUCGUGGAUUACCAGUCAAUAUCGAUGCUCAAAUUAUUAACACUGAUCGUGCCUUAGGUGCUACUUUGUCCUACAGAGUCUCCAAGAGAUUUGGUGAAAACGGGUUACCACAAGAUACCAUUGUCGUUAAUAUUGAAGGUUCAGCAGGUCAAUCAUUUGGUGCCUUCUUAGCUCCAGGUAUUACAUUUAUCUUAGAUGGUGAUGCCAAUGAUUAUGUUGGUAAAGGUUUAUCUGGUGGUAUCAUUGUUGUUAGACCUCCAAAGGGAUCUAAAUUCAAGAGUGAUGAAAAUGUUAUUGUUGGUAACACAUGUUUGUAUGGUGCUACAUCUGGUACUGUUUUUAUUUCUGGUGGUGUUGGUGAAAGAUUUGGUGUUCGUAACUCAGGUGCUACCGUUGUUGUUGAAAGAAUCAAGGGUAACAAUGCAUUUGAAUAUAUGACUGGUGGUCGUGCCAUUGUUUUAUCUCAAAUGGAAUCAUUGAAUGCGUUCUCUGGUGCUACUGGUGGUAUUGCAUACUGUUUGGUUUCGGAUUAUGAAGCAUUCACCACGAAGAUUAACAAGGAUACCGUUGAAUUGGAAAACCUACAAGAUCCUGUUGAAAUUGCAUUCGUUAAGAAUUUGAUUCAAGAACAUUUCCAUUACACUAAAUCUGAAUUAGCUGAAAAGAUUCUUGCUAACUUCAACCAUUAUUUGAAGAAUUUCGUUAAAGUAAUUCCAACUGAUUAUAAGAAGGUUCUUGAUAAGGAAGCUGCUGACAAAGCUAAGGAAAAGGCCACUGCUACAGCCAAUUACUUGAAAAACUUUAAAGCUUUACAAAGUGCUCCAAAUGAUUCCAUUGAUGCAACUAACGGUGAAAUUAAUGAUUUAAUGAGAUCACGUAAGGCCAAUAAAGCUAUUGUUUCUCAUAAAUCUACCUUAAAUGAACCAGAAGUUGUUGAUUUAGAGGAUGCAGUUCCAGAUCCUGAACAAUUAGAAAAGAAUGCUGAAAAGAUUGAGAAGUUACGUGGAUUUAUGAAGUAUGCUCGUCGUCACGAAACAUAUAGAAGUCCAUCCACUAGAGUAAAAGAUUGGAAAGAAUUUGUGAAACCAAUUUCUAAGAAGGAUGCUAAAUACCAAACUGCUAGAUGUAUGGAUUGUGGUACACCAUUUUGUUCUGCUGAUACUGGUUGUCCAUUAUCUAAUGUUAUUCCUAAAUUUAAUGAGUUAGUGUUUAAGAAUCAAUGGAAAUUAGCUCUUGAUAAAUUAUUGGAAACUAAUAAUUAUCCAGAAUUUACUGGUAGAGUUUGUCCUGCCCCAUGUGAAGGUGCAUGUACAUUAGGUAUUAGUGAAAAUCCAGUUGGUAUUAAAUCCAUUGAAAGAAUUAUUAUUGAUAAUGGGUUUAAAGAGGGUUGGAUUAAACCAUGUCCACCUGAAAUUCGUACUGAUAAGCGUAUUGCUGUUAUUGGAUCUGGUCCAGCAGGUAUGGCAUGUGCUGAUCAAUUGAAUAAAGCUGGUCAUAAUGUUACUGUGUAUGAAAGAGCUGAUCGUUGUGGUGGGUUAUUAAUGUAUGGUAUUCCAAAUAUGAAACUGGAAAAAUCUAUUGUUGACCGUCGUUUUGAUAUCUUGAGAGCUGAAGGUAUUGAAUUUAUUUGUAACACUGAAAUUGGUAAGGAUAUUUCUAUGGAAGAAUUACAAAACGAAUAUGACGCUGUUGUUUAUGCUAUUGGUUCUACCAUUCCAAGAGAUUUAAACAUUAAGGGACGUGAUUUGAAAAACAUUGAUUUUGCCAUGGAAUUAUUAGAAGAUAAUACCAAAGCUUUAUUAAACAAUGAUUUAGAGACUAUUCGCAAAGAAGUUGAAGGUAAGAAAGUUGUUGUUAUUGGUGGUGGUGAUACUGGUAAUGAUUGUUUAGGUACAUCUGUUAGACAUGGUGCUAAAUCUGUUAUUAAUUUCGAAUUAUUACCAUGUCCACCAAAUGAACGUGCUAGAGACAAUCCAUGGCCACAAUGGCCACGUAUUAUGAGAGUGGAUUAUGGUCAUUCUGAAGUUAAAGAACAUUAUGGUAAUGAUCCUCGUGAAUAUUGUAUUUUUGCUAAGGAAUUUAUUGGUAAUGAAAAUAAUGAAGUUAAAGCUAUUAAGACAGUUAGAGUUGAAUGGAAGAAAUCUGAAAGUGGUGUAUGGCAAAUGGUUGAAAUUCCAAAUACUGAAGAAACAUUUGAAGCUGAUUUAGUUUUAUUAUCUAUGGGUUUUGUUGGGCCUGAAUUGAUUGAAGAUGCUAAUGUCACCAAGACAUCUAAGGGUACCAUUAUGACUGAUAAUGAUGCGUCAUAUCAUGUUGCAGGCAAUGUUUAUGCUGCUGGUGAUUGCAGAAGAGGUCAAUCUUUGAUUGUUUGGGCUAUUCAAGAAGGUAGAAAAUGUGCACAUUCCAUUGAUAUUGAUUUGAUGGGAUCCACCAAAUUACCAUGUAAUGGUGGUAUUGUUAAGCGUGAUUUCAAUUUAUUAGAAGAUUUAGCAGCUGAAGUUGCUUAUGCUUAG